GCCGCUCCCAGCAACCCCCUCGAGCCGUCAGUGCCGCUCAACGAGAAAGGAGACGCUGCACAGGCAGAUGAUAACCCGCAAAAAGAUGUCUUGCCAGGCGACUCGGCCAUGACCAAAGCUGAGAAGAUCGAGAGACAUGGUGACCUGAAUGGACACGCCAAUGGCGAUUUCCAAGAGUCUCCACGGAAGCGGAUCAAACGCGAACAUGAUGCUGCAACCGCGCCGGACAGUACGGUUGCCGGCGAGGUCGAGGAGGAGCGAGACGUGAAGCAGGAUACUCGGACCUCUUCGAAUCAACCAGACCGCCAGAAAGGCGUCGCUCCGAUCAAGAAGGAGUACCUGAUCGACAUUUCGACACUCAAACAUGCAAGCGCUACAUUCGAUGAUGAUGCUGCCGAAGCUGCUGGCAAAGCAGAGGAACAGCCCGUUGCUGGCCGUGGCGGCAAAAAGGGAAAGCAGGGACAGAACAAGGCUCGCACUUUCGGAAGCUCGAAGGAUGCCAUAGCUUUGUGCAGAACACGGCACUGGGCGAAUGAGUUCGAUCCAAUCACGUGCCCAUUCGGCGAGAAAUGUAGAAUGGAACACGACAUUCGCAAGUACGUGAAAGAGGGCAAGCGAGAGGACAUGCAGACGUUCAAUGGUGUGUGCCCGAACUUCGAGACCAAAGGCAAGUGCAAAGAGGGCUGGAAGUGUCGAUGGGCUGGCAGUCAUUCAGAAGAGAUUGAGCGAGACGAUGGCCGAAAAGAGCUGGUGCAAAAGCAGAAGCGGGAUACUGCAGAGCAAUGCGCGGCAAACGAUCACGGUGACGACGAGGAAGAUCAGGACAACGGAGUCGUGAAUAUUGUCAGUAAUGGUGACAAGAUCACGCUGAGAAAGAAGAAGUGGGCAACACCAUUAUCCGACAAAUAUCUCAAAUGGCUGAACAGCCAGGUCGGAGAGGAUGGUAACAGGAUCAGCGACCACGACCUCAACCACGACCAUCGUGCGGCAUACAGUGACCCGCCACUUCGACCAUCGGAAAAGCGACGCAUCUAUUAUGGACCCGAGACGCCAGUGCUCGCGCCGUUGACCACACAAGGCAAUCUGCCAUUUCGCAGGCUCUGCACAGAAUUAGGAGCCCAAGUCACUUGGUCGGAGAUGGCAAUGGGUCUACCACUGCUCAAUGGCGAGAAGGGAGAAUGGGCGCUGGUCAAGGCCCACGAGUCGGAGCUUGCGCCGCCAUCCUACUUCCCAAAGAAUCCCGUACAAGGCUAUGACAAUAGCAAAGACAUCAGAUUUGGCGUCCAAAUCGCUGCCAACAAGCCGUGGCUUGCCAUGAAGACAACGGAGGUCCUGGCUGCCUUAUGUCCACAGAUACGUGCUAUCGACUUGAACUGCGGAUGUCCCAUCGAUCUUGUGUUCCGGACUGGCGCUGGUUCUGCGCUCUUGGACGGCCACGGCAAAUUGGAGAAGAUCUUGAGGGGCAUGAACACUGUCUCUGGCGAAAUACCGAUCACUGUCAAGAUCCGCAUGGGCACCAAGGAUAAGCAGCCGACUGCUCAGAAGCUCGUCGAACGGCUUGUUCUCGGUGGCAACGAGGCCCGAGAUGCUAAUCUGGGUCCUGCUGGUGUUGCUGCUAUCACUCUGCACGGGCGUUCUCGCCAGCAAAGGUACACUCGCGAUGCUGACUGGAGCUACAUUGCUGAAUGCGCCACUCUUGUGAAGCACCUUCGAGCCCAGCAUGCAGAUCUUACUGAUACAGUCAGAGAGCCAGAUGCUCGCGACACGGCAAACACAAAGGAGGGGCUUCCUUACUUUUGUGGGAAUGGCGAUAUCCUGUGCCCUGGGGAUUACAACAAACACAUCGAUGAAGCAAAGGUCGAUAGUAUCAUGAUUGGACGUGGUGCUCUCGUCAAACCUUGGAUCUUCGAGGAGAUUGAAAAGAAUCAGGACCUCGAUAAGUCUGCUUCAGAGCGACUUGCGUACAUUGAGAAAUUCUGUCGAAACGGUCUCGAUUACUGGGGAUCAGACGAGAUCGGCGUUGGAAACACCAGGAGAUUUCUGCUUGAGUGGCUCAGCUUCAGUUGUCGAUAUGUGCCCAUUGGCCUUCUCGAGUACUUACCACCCAAGUUUGGAGACCGACCGCCUGCGUUCCGGGGACGCAGUGACCUCGAGACUCUUCUGAGCAGUGGGAACUACAAGGACUGGAUCAAGAUCAGCGAAAUGUUCUUGGGUCCUGCGCACAAGGACUUCCAAUUCCAGCCCAAGCACAAGUCGAACAGCUACGAGAUCGAGGCCGAAGGGUGAGCGGCGAGCGCGUAACGAAAGUCCCCCGGCUUACCUCCUAGGACCGGAGGUUUGCCAAAUCCCGCUAUCUCGUGCUUGACGUCAUCUGACCCGGGCCAGUCUUCCUUUUCCGUUUGCCAUGUUGAGAUGGCUUGUAGCAUUUGCAUCUUUGGCUCUCCGAUCAUGGGCAUGGCAUGGCCUUGUGGAGGUUCUCCGUGCUGUCGAGAAUCAAUAGUGGUGUCCACCACGGGCGUCUGCGAAACCGGCGACAGCUGAGAUGCUCGACAAGCGAUGCAUCUGACAUCAACAUGAUCCAACGAUGCAGGGUAUCUUGCUCCACCAGCAUCGGCAUCGAGAUCCUAUCCACCAACCUCACGGAACUUCCAUGGUUGUGGUCCACAUCCUCGCAGACAGCUGUCAUACCUUGCUAGUCGCCGUGCCGUGGUGGAGUCGGUGUGAGAGAGCGAUAGAGAGAGAAGAGGCUAGCCCCUGGCCCCAUCUAGCUGUAUACAAGAGUACUUGCAUGUGACCAGCCGGAUUAGGUUCCCUCUCCCUAUCCAUAGCCACAGGAAGUAUCAAUAUGACUUGUACACUAUUG